UGGCAAAAGAUGUUUAUGUAGACUUUUAUAAAUAUAAUCAAACAUCUCUGAAAAAUUCUUGUUUCAUUUUCUAAAACUCGACAUUCUUUCUCCUUUCUCUUGCGACUUUUCAGGAAGAGAGAUUUUGGAACCAGACGACGGAGGCCUCUUAAUACGAACCAGAAGAAGACUCUCGACAAUGAUGAUGGCCGUGUCCUCUGGCUAGCUUUGAUAAAUCAUCCCUGGUUGCUCCUCACAAGAAUUCAUUUUCCGUUGUUCUAAUCCUCUGUUUUGGUUACUCUGUUUCGGUCCUCUGUUUUUUUUUUUCAUUAUUCUUUGCUCGUAAGUCGUUACGAUCUCUCUUUCAUCUUUUUUUUUUCACAAAUCUCGAUAUAUCUCAUUGAUUUCCCCAAACCCUUGUCUCCAAGUUUCAUUAUUUCAAUUUUCAUUCCCAAAAAAUCUUUUCUUUUUUUUUAUAAUUCUGUUUUAUCGAUUAUCAUGGGCUGUGCGAGCUCGAAGCACCACCGUAAGAAAUGCGUCCAUUGCCGGAGAGGAUAUUCUCCGGUAGACAUUCAGCGAAGCAAAUCUGUGCACCACCCAUCGCAACGCUUCGACGAUAGUCCCCACAUGGUCGCUCUCAGUUCCUCCAGCUUCGGAUCUCUCAAGCUAUGCGACUACUCUUUCGGACAAAACCACAAAGACUUGCUAGACUUCAGCGGGAAGCUUGCCGCCGCCGACCAAACCGGAGAUGGGUUUGGUCCUAAGGAAGUCAGAGAGAGGCCCGACAAGGAGAUGUUGAGUUUGGAAAUGCAGGCUAAGCUUAUGGAAGCUAAAGUAUGGUCAAGUAUGAUGAGCGAGAAGAUCCCCAAGAUUGUGCCCAAGACUCCUAUAUUGACGCCUCCGGGUGAGCCGGAGACGAUCAAUACGUGGGAGAUGAUGGAUGGGCUUGAAGAUAUGAGUAGCCCUCUUCGUUCACCAAACCACGUUACGAGCUUCUCCUUUGAAGUUGCUCGUGGUGGUGAUAGUGAACGACGUCCCAAGUCGAAUGGUGAUCUAAAGCCAUUGUGGCUUCAGAUGGAGCAAGAAGGGCUCGACGAUUUCGAUCCUGAGAUCAUUUCUUCAUUCAGGAAGUCUCUCCAAGAACUCCCUGCUGAUCAUCCUUUCCACAUUUCCGUUCAUGAUUUGAAGUUGAAUCCACAGUUCAAGUUCUCUGAUGAUGAAGAAGAAGAGGAGGAAGCUUUGGGUGAAACUAUUGGUAAAGACAAGGUGAUACUCUACUUCACAAGCCUUAGAGGUAUAAGGAAGACAUAUGAAGAAAGCUGUGACGUUAGAAUUAUACUAAAGAGCCUUGGAAUUAGAGUGGAUGAGCGAGAUGUAUCGAUGCACUCGGGUUUUAAAGACGAGCUUAAGGAGCUGCUAGGUGAUAAAUUCAACAAUGGUGUUGGGAUCACCUUGCCUAGAGUUUUCUUGGGGAGGAAGUAUAUUGGAGGAGCUGAGGAGAUUCGAAAGUUGAAUGAAGAUGGGAAGCUUGAGAAGCUUCUACAAGGCUGCGAGAGGGUGGAAGAAAACAGAGAUGGUAAUGGGCUAGAAUGUGAGGCUUGUGGAGAUGUAAGGUUUGUGCCGUGUGAGACAUGUUCAGGGAGCUGUAAAGUGUACUAUGAAGAUGAGGAUGAAGAUGAAGACGAUGAAGAAGAUGAUGGGAGUGUAAAGGAAGGAAGAGAGUAUGGGUUUCAAACUUGUCCUGAUUGUAAUGAGAACGGACUCGUUAGAUGUCCUCUUUGUUGUGUUUGAACAUAUACACAAAAAGGGAAAACGUUCCUCUUGUUCUUGUUUGCUUUACUACAUUGGAGUUUUGAGUCGCUUGAGGGUUUUUCUUGCCUCUACAGAUUUUGUUGUACAUAAAAGAGGUUUUCUAUUGUGAAAAAGGGUUGUAUUUUCAAGUGUAAAUUUUUGUUUAUUCUGUUGACAGAAAAAAAAAUUGUUGUUUGUUCUUUGAAA